AUGGAUAAUACUAAGAAGAGACCUUUGGAUAAUGAAAAUGAUGACAUACGUCCGGAUGACCCAAAAAAAUCCAAAGUGGCUCACGAGCUGACAACGUCACAAGCCGUGACGAACCAUGAAAAUGAAAUAGUCGGUAUUGGAGAUUUAUGUGACGAUAUUAUCUUGCAAAUAUUCAAGUUUCUUUCAAAUGAUACCCUUGCGAAUAUGGCAUUGUGAGUGUAAAAAAGUGAAAUUUACAUGUAGGUACCUACUAUAAAUUAGUUAAAUUUAUUUUUAUUCAUAUAGAGUAAAUCCAAAAUUAUCAAGAAUAAGUAAAGAUUGGACAUUAUGGAAAAACGUUCAUUUGCAUAACUUUAAAAAAUCUAUGGAAAAUAUUUAUUUGGAUUAUUUACAAAGUACCACCACUAGUUUAACCAUCAAUGGUAAUAAAGUUCUAAGUGAAAGUUCUACAGUUUCACGCAAAUUCAUAAUGCAGUUAGAAAAUAGAUGCCCAAAAUUAACACAUCUUAGUUUAUCGAACCAAAUAUUUUUUGCUAGUGAAGUAAGUACAUCUAUUCAAUUUGUUUAGGUAAUUGAAGCAUAUUCCCUUUUUUUUUUAUUAUUAUUGUUUACAGAUACCUAUAAGAAGUUUUCACCGAAAAUUAAAAUCUCUAACAAUUGAAAAUUCGUGUAUUAAAAACAUUCCAAAUAAUGCAUCAUUUAUAUGUGGUUUAAACCAUGCUUGUCCGGAUCUUGAGGUAAAUGUUAUAUUUUUUUAUCAUUUUUACCUAUGCUUACUAAAUUUUUAAAUAUAAUUUAUUUAGACAAACAGUAAUUAUGAGUGAUUCUUUGUUUAAAUAUAGAAUGUUAAAAUGACAUUUAACAAUUGGUUUCGACCACAUGGCUUGUAUGCGUUGGCCAAAUUGGAAAAAUUAACUUACUUAAGUCUUCAAGGUUGUAGCCAGUUUAUGGAUUGUAUUCCAUAUGUUAGUAUUACUGCUAUGACUGGAUUUAAAUCUUUACAGGUUAGUGAUAUACCUAUCAUUAUUAUUAUGUAGGAUGUGAUAUUUAGCUAAUAUCUAAAUGUUAAAACUUCAAACUUGGAUGCUUGUUUCAUAAUCAAAUUUGAAAAAGUUAAACUAUUUCAAUUUUGGAGGUUAAUAAUAUUUUAGGUAUAAGAAUGUUUCUGGUAACUAGAAAGAUAUUAAAUUUUCUGUGUAGACUCCUUGUUUUACAUAUCUACUCUGACAAAAAUUUAAAUUAAUUUUUAUGGUAGGCAACAAAAAUGUAUUUAAUUUUUUAAUAUUUAAAUUUCUAUAAAUUUGAUUGUUUAUAUUAGAAUAUAUAUUUUUGUGAAGAAAUUUACAACUGCACUAUAAUAAGAGAACUAUUAUAAUAUUAAAUUUUGUUGUUUUGAUUACAAUUUGUUUUAGAUUCUAAGCAUAGCAAUGUACUUAUUGGUAAAGCUAAUAUAAAUAUUCUGUGAAAAUAUCAGCUUCUUUCUAUAAUUUUUAAUGGAUUUUUAACAAAAAUCCAAAAUCCUAAAUUGUUCUCAAUUAAGGUAUCUUAAUAUGUGGUCUGCCUUAAAUGUGUAUAUACGGUCUACCAAUAAACGUGGCCUACCGUAAUAAAAAUUAUACUAUAAUUUAUGGUCUACCUACAUUUUAUAAACAAAUAUAACUAGUUGAUUUUCAGUUUAAAAAAAAAAAUGUAUUUAUUUUAAUACAUUUAUAAAAAAAAAACUUGUAAUUUCCCUUUAUCACUUUUUUUAGUUUUACUUCACAUUUGUGGCAUUAUAUUGCAUAAGGUUACAGGGCAUAAUCUUGCAGGUAUUUAACUGUGGAUUCUUCAGUCAACAAAAAUUAUAAGAUUCUUUUAAAGCAUUUUAAAAAAUUGCCUUAAAAUAAUAAUUUACUAUACUCUACAGAUGACACUAAACCAGUUUUUAUGCCUUCAGUACACUCAUGGCACAGUUUGUAUAUCAUCAGCGACAUAGAUUAUCUAAUAGCCUUUAUUUUAUCUAUUUAUUUUAUACACACUGGGAAAUACAAAUAUAAAAUUUACAAAUUGACUUAAAAAUAAUGAAUAAUAUGUUAAUAUCAAUGAUGUCUAUAUCAUAUCUAGUAAAACAAAACAUCAGUAGACUAUAUAUUGGGAGAUAGCCCCUAAUUAUCAUGAAAACUGGUUGGAAAAUCAAAACACUAACCAACAAAAAAAGUCUUUUGUUCAUUUUUUGAUUGAAACAAUAUUUCCUGUAAAACACAUACGGCAUACAAAUUUGAAAUAAUGAAAUUGUAACGCUAUAAAUUUUUCAGUUUUUUUCUUUAACUUUUAUUGUUUCUACGUAGUUUUACCUUGUUUGGAAGUUGAAAUUAACUAUAUUGUUAUAACAUCUAGUUCUAUUUAGUAUUUCAAAAUAUUAAAUAAAUAUUCUAUAAAUUACCAUUAAUAGAAUGUUUAGAUUCAUUUAUUUUUCAUCGAAAUAUUAAAUUUAUUUAUAUUAUUUUAUCUAAAAAACAAUAAUUUAAUAUUUGUUUAUUAUGACAUUUUUAUUUUUCAGUCACUUGACUUGCGAUUGACCCCAAUUACUGACCAUGAACUUAUAUGUUUUCAAAAAUUAAGUACUUUGAAACAUAUUUUUUUGGAAAGUCCAUUAAAUUUUAACCAUGAGGGUGAUACAACAAUUACUGAUUUGGGUUUGUCAGGAUUCUGCAAUAACAAUUAUUAUAUAUUUGAUCCAAUACCUGUUCAAAUGGUACCUGAUCAUGAGGGUCAACUUCAGAUGAGAAUAGUAGACAGGUAAACUUUGCUUUUGAUGUGAAACUCUGUCAACAAUUUUUCAAUUGAAACUAUUGUUCACUAUAUUUAAAAAAUAAUUAUUUUUGUAAAUUUCACAGUAUUUGUUUUAAUCAUAUUUUAUUUAAUGGGUUAUAUUUAAAAUUUAUGUUAACACAUUUCAGCUUGGCAAUUGAACUAUUAUAAUAUUAUAUACAAUAAGUAAUAAUAAUAAAUGUAUAAAAUACAAUUAAGUUGAACAAAACUUUAAAAUUAACAAAUAGAUAAAAAGUGCAUACAGAGUAACUAUUUUAUUAUGAUCCAGUGAUUGUCCACAAAGAUUUUCUGGGAAAUUGAUUUUUUUUUUCAGUCAGUUUAUAUUGUUUCUAAUAUUUUGAAAAUUUGAUCAUCGUUUCGUACUUCUAUAUUUUGUACUAUAAAUAUAUCAACUUUUGAUUUUCAAAUAACAAACCUGAUUGAAGUUAAAAUAUUUUUCCAAAAACUUAGAUAUUGCAAUAAAUUUGAUAUUAAUUUUUAAAUGAUAACCCUUCCUUAUUACUCUGUUCUAAACUAGUUUAAACUAUUAUAAUUCAUAAACGGACGUAUUAUUAAUUGUUAUGCAUAUAAAAAUGUUUACAAAAAUAUUCCGUUUUCAAAACUGGUUUGAAAUAAUGACUAUUAGAAAACUAAAAGCUGAUAUGUAUUUAUGAUGUUUGGAAUAAGGGUAAAAUAUUAUAUAUAAGAUACAGUAAUGUUAUGACUGAAAAAAGCUAAAAUCUAUUUUACUCAAAAUUAUCAAAAAUAAAUAUUACUUUUCAAUAAUUUGGAAAAUUUGUUGUAACCGAGAUGGUUUCUAAAGAGUGCAAAACCCAAAAAUGAGUUUUCUUAAUUUAAAAAAAUUUUCAAUUCUAAGAAAUUGUAAAAAUUGAAUGUGUUUUUGUUUUACUCACAUUAUUCAAUGAGUUGUUGGGAAUUGAAAAAAAAUACAUAAUGUUAUAGGAAAUACAAAUUUGAUUGUACCAUACAUUAAUAUCCAAUUAAUAGUUUCUUAGUAGUAGCAAUUUUAUUUGUAAUUAAAUAUAAUUUUAAUAGGUACAGAAUAAAAUGCAAACCAAUUUAUUAUAAAAAGUUUAUUGUCAUCAGUUGACAGUUUUAAUACCUAUAUUAUGAUUGUGAUUUUUUAUUGCAUAAUAUAGUAGUCUAUUGAAUACAACUUUUUCACACCUCUUUUUUAGAAAUUAAAAUUGUUAUUACUAAGAAACUAUUCAUCGGUUAUGUAUAUAUGUUGGACUAAUAUCUAUUACAAAUCAGUAAAUUUAAAAAUUCAGAAAAGUAAACAAAUAAAAAGUUAUUUUUUCUAGUGAUUAUAGGGUGAUAAUAUAAAUCUAAUUUUUUUUCAAAAUGGAAUUAUGCAAUAUUUAUACAAUAUGCUCUCCUGAAAGAAAAUCAGAUAAAAUUUUUCAUUAAGAUUUUUAAUCUUCUCAGGAAAAAAUUAAAAAAAAUUGGCAUUUACAAUAUAAUUUAUUGAAGCCCGAGUAUUUGUAUUUUAGUGUAAAACUAACAAAAUUAUGAUGUAACAAAAGAAAAGUAUUUUUAUGGUGUCAAUAAUAUAAAUCUAUGUGUGCAUAUAUUAUUAUAAAAUUACAUCAUUUUGAACAUUGUAUAUAUAAUUUAAGGAUUCAUAAAAAUUAUAUUCUUUUAUCAUAGAGAAUACAGAGAUUAUGAUGCUGAUAAAUGUCAAUUGGAAACUCUAUAUGUACGCAACUAUCCAAAAGUAACUGAUGUGUUUAUGAAGGAUGCAGCCGAAAAAUAUCCAUUUUUAACGACGCUGGACGUAACUGGAACUUCUUGUACAGUAGAAGAAAUUGGAAGGUAUAAAAUUCAAAGACCUGACACCAAAGUAGUUUGGAAUGAGUAUUUGGAAAAGACUGAGAAAUAA